GUUACCGGUCCAAGACACAGCCUUAGAUACUCACACUCAGGCUAUGCGAGGCACCAUGAUGAUCGGAGCGGUGGUGGCAGUGAUGGUGGCAGCGGUGGUGGCAGGUCGGAUGUCAGCAGCACGAGCAGACACUUCAGCCGUGGAAGCCCUACAAGCCAUGCAUGAAGCAGCCAUGGCUGGCAUCCUGGGCUCAGCUGAGAUCCAGUACCCUAACAGACCCAGCAUGUUCAAGUCACCAGUGGAACUCAGGCAAUACCUCGACGCUCUCAAUGCUUACUACGCCAUUGCUGGACGACCAAGGUUUGGUAAACGAGGCAACCACGGCCCCCAGCGGACUGAGGAACUUGAUGAUUACUGACCCACUAAUCUUCCCAUAACUCCCACCCAUCAUACAUCCUUACAAUAAACUCUCCGCCACUCAAUGACCCACUAGUCUUAACUCUCACUUAUCAUCCCUCCCUAAUUUUACCUCUAGUGCCCCGCCACCUAUUUUCCCGACCCGCCUACAGUGUCAGCCGUCCGGCUUCUCUUACAUCCUACAAACAACACAUUAACUUUACAUAAAACAUGCAACCCCUACAAACAAUCGUGUUAAAACUCUUACAAUCCCUGCCUGCCAGGUAAACACAACCAACAUUUACACACUCUGAACAGUCCACAUCCCUCUUCCCCAUCCCUAAAUCCUUAAACUACUGUUGCCUCCGAUUACGAACAUGCAUCCAUUUUAUAAGACGCUUCAGGAAUUUCACUCAGCUGUACGGUGACGUCAAGUGAACGUAGUCAUCAACAGCCAAAACGUUCUUGUGUGCUGUCUAGAAACUAAACUGAGGGGUUCAAAUCUGGCUGAUCAUCCCGUGUACAUGCAAGUUGGUCUCGUCAGUUGGUUUCAUCGUAUAUCAAUGAUCUUGUCUAAUAGUUAAUAGUUUCACCUGAAAAAAUGGUCUCCCCUCCUCCGCUGGUUUUGCCUUGCAUGUUUCCUGGUCUAACUUCAAGCUCUUAUAGUCUUGUCAGCACGAAAGUCUGGUUCCAUGCAACAGCAGCCACCACACGCUCACCCUCUGGUCUCAGGCCACCUCACUGUCACUAACUUACCGAGAUAAAGGAAAACUCCCGGAAGCUGCUCAGUGUUGUCGACGCUCCGAGCAAUUUGUUCUCGCUCCUGAUUCCAUGUUAAGGAAGUUCUGGUUCACCUGCACUAAGAAGCUAACACCUUUCACAUACUACUGAUACUCCUGCUGUAGACCUCUCCUUGAAUACUCCAUAAAAUAUACGAGAACUACAUCUCUCUAUACUGUAGGAGGUUCAAUACUACAUACUAAGACAGAACAAACUGAUGUCUUAUUUUUUAUUUUAUUUACAUACUGUAUGUGCCAAACAUUAUAUAUUAAGAGAAAAAUAUAUAAGAAAAAUAA